AUGGAGGUGCUGCAGUGUGAUGGCUGUGAUUUUCGAGCUCCAUCUUAUGAAGACCUAAAAGCUCAUAUCCAGGAUGUUCACACUGCUUUUCUCCAGCCAACUGAUGUCUCUGAGGAAAGUCCUAGCCAGCCAAGGUCUGGUUCCAUGAAUGCUAGCAACCAGACUGAGGUUGAAUUUUCUUCUGUAAAGGAUGAAUUUGCAAUUGCAGAUGAAUUAGCAGGGCAAAAUGCAACAAGUCAGAUGGGGACUGGAAGUUACUAUAGCCAGAGCCAGACUUUCUAUGGUCAGCACAUGGCUCCAAAUCCUAAACCAACCAACAAGUUCUUCCAGUGCAAGUUCUGUGUGCGUUACUUCCGUUCCAAAAACCUCCUCAUAGAGCACACACGCAAGGUUCAUGGAGCACAGGCUGGGGGGAGCUCAGUGGGGCCACCAACUGCUAGUUCCCUAAAUUACAAUAUCAUGAUGUAUGAAGGGUUUGGCAAAGUUUUCAGUUGCCAGUUCUGCACCUACAAGUCACCCAGGCGUGCAAGGAUUAUUAAGCACCAGAAAAUGUAUCACAAAAACAACCUGAAAGAGAGUUCAACUCCUCCUGCUGCUGCCACUGCUAUGUCUGAGUCAACAUCUGCUUCUGUACCAGUGCAGGAACCUUGCAAGGAGCUGCCUGCAGAGGUGGUGGAGCGGAGCAUUUUGGAAUCCAUGGUCAAGCCCCUGACAAAGUCUAGGGGCAAUUUUUGCUGUGAAUGGUGCAGCUACCAGACACCUCGAAGGGAGCGCUGGUGUGACCACAUGAUGAAAAAGCACCGCAGCAUGGUAAAAAUACUGUCAAGCCUGAGGCAGCAACAAGAUGGAACCAGUGCACCUGAUGUGCAGAGUAAGAGUGCCCAGAAUGCCUCUCCAAACUCUAAUUAUAUCUCCAUGAAUACAACAGGACGUGAGAUGUCGAAUGCUAAUGUCUCAAACUUUCGGACCUCUAUGGGCAAUUCCCUUAUCAGGCCCAACUCUUCUACUUCUUCCAAGUUUUCUUCUGUGUCUUACCCUCCAAUAAAGCCUAAGUCACCUCACAACUCAGGCAUGGUUAAUUUGUCUGACAGAUCGCGCUAUGGAAUUGCUGAUAUGACAAAUUCUUCUGCUGACCUGGAAACAAGCAGUAUGCUAAAUGACUCCAGCUCAGAUGAAGAGCUAAAUGAAAUGGACAGCGAGAAUGGCUUGAACUCCAUGGAUCACCAGACCUCAGGAAUGUCUGCAGAGCAGCUGAUGGGAUCUGAUGGCAACAAACUGUUGGAAACAAAGGGGAUUCCCUUCAGAAGGUAUAUGAACAGGUUCCAGUGUCCUUUUUGCCCUUUCCUGACGAUGCACCGCCGAAGCAUUUCCCGUCACAUUGAGAACAUCCACCUAUCUGGGAAGACAGCUGUGUAUAAGUGUGACGAAUGCCCUUUCACCUGCAAGAGUUCAUUAAAGCUUGGUGCUCACAAGCAGUGUCACACAGGAACGACGUCAGACUGGGACACUGUGAACUCUCAGACUGAAAGCAUUGCCUCUUCUUUGAAUGAUAGCACAGUGUCUUAUGAGAGUGGAAACAUAAAUGGCAGGAAGUCAGCUGGGAUGAUGGAACCAGUGCAGCCACAGCAGCAACAGCAACAGCAGCAGUCACCCCAACCCCAUUCACAGCAUCCGUACAAAUGCACAAUGUGUAACUAUUCCACAACAACUUUGAAAGGCCUCAGAGUUCAUCAGCAGCACAAGCAUUCAUUCUGUGACAACUUGCCAAAAUACGAUGGGCCACCAUCAAACACACCACAAGAGAGUGAGGCAGAUGCUCACCCCUCUGCCAGCACAGUGAAGAAGAGUCAGACCUCUAUCCUUGGGCUCUCAUCUAAAAAUAACUUUGUUGCGAAGGCCCCACGGAAGGUGUCAAAUGACUUCCCUUUAGAUCUCUCUCCCGUGAAAAAAAGAACUAGGAUUGAUGAAAUAGCAAGCAACCUCCAGAGCAAAAUCAACCAAAACAAACAGCAAGAAGAUGCUGUAAUUAAUGUAGAGGAUGAUGAGGAAGAGGAGGAAGACAAUGAGGUGGAAAUAGAAGUGGAGUUAGACAGAGAAGAAGAGCAAACGGAACCAAUGAUAGACGUUUCCAGUUCUUACGCACCCCAGCAAAUGUGGGGCAGAGAGUCUAAUGAUUCCCAGAAGGAGACAAACUUUAGAAACAUGCAGCAUGACUACAGUUCCACCAAUGGAGCGGAGAUUGAGCUCACUUUAUCUGAGGAUGAGGAAGACUAUUAUUCUUCUGUCAGCAUGAAGGACCAUCAGAGCCCUAAUGCCUCUGUUCUGGGGAGCCAGUCAAACAUGUAUUGUACUGAUCAGAACAAUGAGAAUUCAGAGUUUAAUGACUCUGGCAGGCUUUACUAUUGUAAACAUUGUGAUUUCAGCAACAAAUCUGCCAGGAGUGUUAGCACCCACUACCAGCGAAUGCAUCCCUAUAUUAAAUUUAGCUUUAGGUAUAUCCUGGAUCCCAAUGAUCAUAGCGCAGUAUACCGGUGUCUUGAGUGCUACAUUGACUACACAAACUUUGAAGACCUGCAGCAGCAUUAUGGAGAGCAUCAUCCUGAAGCUAUGAAUGUACUGAACUUUGAUCAUUCUGAUCUAAUCUACCGCUGCCGCUUCUGCUCUUAUACAAGCCCGAAUGUUAGAAGCCUGAUGCCACAUUACCAAAGAAUGCAUCCCACGGUGAAAAUUAACAAUGCAAUGAUAUUUUCAAGCUACGUUGUUGAGCAGCAAGAAGGGCUGAACACAGAGUCUCAGACAUUGAGAGAGAUCUUGAAUUCUGCUCCAAAAACUAUGGCAACCUCCACCCCCGUGGCUCGUGGGGCUGGUAUGCCAGCUGGGUUUAACAAAAGUGCCGCCAAGAGUUUUAGUCCUGAAUGUGAAAAUCAGAAGGAACCUUCAGUCAAUACUGUGGUUGUUUAUGACUGUGAUGUGUGUUCAUUUGCAAGCCCUAACAUGCAUUCGGUUCUGGUGCAUUACCAGAAAAAGCACCCUGAAGAAAAAGCAUCAUAUUUCAGAAUUCAGAAGACUAUGCGUGUAGUCUCUGUUGACAGGGGCUCUGCCCUGGCUCAGAUGUCUUUUGAGUUGGGGACGCCCGUCUCCCCAAAACUGUCCAACUUGGCUUCUCAACCGCCACCUCCCCCACCACCACCCCCAGACCUCGCUACUGAACUCUACUAUUGCAAACACUGUUCAUACAGCAACCGUUCAGUUGUAGGAGUGCUUGUCCAUUACCAGAAAAGGCACCCAGAGAUAAAAGUCACUGCCAAAUAUAUCAGACAGGCACCCCCCACUGCAGCAAUGAUGAGGGCUGGUGAGUUGCCACCUGGCAUUCAGAGGCCACCAGUGUCAAUGCAGCAGUUGAGUCGGGGUGGAUCCGAGACCUCUGUGAAUCCUCCUGAGAAUGAAAUGUUCUUCUGCCAACACUGUGAUUAUGGAAAUCGGACCGUGAAAGGCGUGCUCAUUCAUUAUCAAAAGAAGCAUCGUGACUUCAAAGCUAACGCAGAUGUGAUUAGGCAGCAUACAGCCACCAUUAGGAGCCUUUGCGAUCGCAGCCAGAAGAAAUCGCCUGGCAGCAUGCCUGCUCACACCUCCAGCACUGAACGGGACAAGUCAAAGCUGAGAGCCCUCAAAUGCAGGCAGUGCAGCUACACAUCGCCUUACUUCUAUGCACUGAGGAAGCAUAUUAAGAAAGACCACCCAAAUCUGAAGGCCACGGUCACAUCCAUUCUGAGAUGGGCAUUUUUGGAUGGGUUGAUAGAAGCUGGUUAUCACUGUGAAUGGUGCAUUUAUUCACACACAGAGCCAAGUGGUUUGCUUGUGCAUUAUCAAAGGAGACAUCCUGAGCAUUACGUUGACUAUACAUAUAUGGCAACUAAACUCUGGGCAGGUCCUGAUCCUUCCCCUCCUGCCCUAGUGAUGCCAACAGAGAUGAAGACCUAUAAAUGCAGAGACUGCAUUUUUGAAGCAUCUUCCAUUUGGGAUAUUACCAAUCACUACCAAGCAUUUCACCCUUGGGCCAUGAAUGGAGAUGAAUCCGUGUUGUUAGAUAUCAUUAAGGAGAAAGAUGCUGCUGAGAAAUCUGUCCCACAGCCUGAUGAAGCUGGGGCCAGGAUGGAUUCUGAAGACCAGAUAACAUCACAGAUGGAUCAGGAUGCAGAGUGUGCAGAGGAUCCCAGCCUUCCCCAGGAAAAAACUGUCCAGCUGGCUUCUGCAAACCCUGCCAUCUCCUCCACUCCGUAUCAGUGUACAGUUUGCCAGUCAGAGUACAACAACUUGCAUGGCCUCCUGACACAUUAUGGCAAAAAGCAUCCUGGCAUGAAAGUGAAAGCUGCAGACUUUGCUCAGGAUAUAGACAUUAACCCAGGGGCUGUAUAUAAGUGCAGACAUUGCCCAUACAUUAAUACACGUAUUCAUGGCGUUCUCACACACUACCAGAAACGACACCCAUCAGUCAAGGUCACUGCUGAAGACUUUGUGCAUGAUGUGGAGCAGUCAAAUGAUAUUGCUCAGAAUGAUGUGGAAGAGACAAGUAGGAUUUUUAAGCAAGGCUAUGGUGCUUAUCGGUGCAAACUCUGCCCUUACACCCAUGGCACACUUGAGAAGCUGAAAAUUCACUAUGAGAAAUAUCACAACCAACCUGAAUUCGAUGUUUUUGCCCAGUCACCACCAAAGGUGUCUGCCUCAGUGGAGCCAGACCUGAUGACUGAAAUAAAGGCAUCCCCAGAAAUUGCUGCCGAAGAUGUCGGAGAAGUUUCUCUGCCAGGACCUCAUUUCUCCAGUUCUCAUUUAGUGUCUCACACAGUUUUCCGGUGUCAGCUCUGCAAAUACUUCUGCUCCACCCGGAAGGGGAUAGCUAGGCACUACCGCAUCAAACAUAAUAAUGUCCGGGCACAGCCAGAGGGCAAGAACAACCUCUUCAAAUGUGCUUUGUGUUCGUACACCAACCCUAUUCGCAAAGGGCUUGCAGCACACUACCAGAAAAGACAUGACAUUGAUGCUUACUACACUCACUGCUUAGCAGCCUCCAGGACGGUAAGCGACAAACCCAAUAAAGUGAUCAUUCCAUCUCCUCCCAAGGAUGACACUCCUCAGUUAAGUGAGGAGUUGAGGAGGGCUGUAGAGAAGAAGAAAUGCUCGCUUUGUUCAUUCCAGUCCUUCAGCAAAAAGGGGAUUGUGUCCCACUACAUGAAGCGUCACCCUGGUGUUUUCCCGAAGAAGCAGCAUGCAAGCAAGCUGGGGGGUUACUUCACUGCCGUGUAUGCUGAUGAGCACGAAAAGCCAACUCCAGCUGAGGAAAGGAAUGACUUUGAAAAGCCGGAGGUGGAGGCUGAGGCUCAGGAAAUUGAGUGGCUUCCCUUCAGGUGCGUAAAAUGUUUCAAGCUGUCCUUCAGCACAGCAGAGCUGCUGUGCAUGCAUUACACCGACCACCACAGCAAGGAUUUGAAGAGAGACUUCGCUAUACUGGUAAGCGGCACCCGCUCUCAGAACCCUGUCUACCAGUGCAAACACUGUGAUAUGAAAUUGCAUAGCACAGCAGAGCUGACCGCACACUUGAAUGGUCACAACGAGGAAUUCCAGAAGCGUGCCAAACGUCAGGAGAGGAGGAAGCAGCUUUUGAGCAAGCAGAAAUAUGCAGAUGGUGCUUUUGCAGAUUUUAAACAAGAGAGGGCUUUUGGACACUUGGAAGAUGUUUCAAAACUUAAAGAGAGGAAGGUGGUCGGCUACAAAUGCAAAUUUUGUGUGGAAGUCCAUCCAACACUUCGAGCCAUCUGUAAUCACCUCCGCAAACAUGUCCAGUAUGGGAAUGUCUCUUCCGUGUCAGCUGCAGUAAAGCAGGAAGCUGAAGAUUCUUCAAACACAACUUUGAUGGAGGGUUGUGAGGGAGCCAAACACCCUGGCAUUGUGGAAUUUACAGAAGCUGAAUCUGGAGCAUCCUUGGAAGAUGAAACCAGGCCUGGGGGCUACCACUGCAGCCAGUGUGACCGGGUUUUGAUGUCUAUGCAGGGUCUGCGAUCUCAUGAGAGGAGUCACUUGGCUCUGGCCAUGUUUACCCGGGAAGACAAGUACAGCUGCCAGUACUGCUCCUUUGUCUCUGCUUUCAGGCACAAUCUGGAUCGUCAUAUGCAGACCCAUCAUGGACACCAUAAGCCGUUCCGUUGCAAACUAUGCCCAUUCAAGUCCUCUUAUAAUAGCCGUCUGAAAACCCAUAUACUCAAGGCACAUGCUGGUGAACAUGCCUACAAAUGUUCCUCCUGCUCAUUUUCCACCAUGACAAUCAGCCAGCUGAAAGAGCACUCCUUGAAAGUGCAUGGGAAAGCACUGACACUACCAAGACCCCGCAUUGUCAACAUUGCAGCCUCACACGCCCACCACACCUCCAAGAACCACACUACUGCUGAAGAAGUGGAGGACUCUAAUG